AUGCUUAAAUUUUAUCAAAUGAAGCAUAUUUUUGAAAUACUGGAUAAAAUGAGAUGCCUGCGAAAACGUUCCACAGUGUCAUUUUUGGGAGUUCUUGUCAUUUUCCUUCUCUUUAUGAACUUGUACAUUGAAGACAGCUAUGUUCUGGAAGGAGACAAACAGCUUAUAAGGGAAACAUCCACACAUCAGCUGAAUUCAGAACGCUAUGUGCAUACUUUCAAAGAUUUAUCGAAUUUCUCAGGAGCCAUCAAUGUCACAUAUCGCUACUUAGCUGCCACACCUUUACAAAGAAAGCGGUUUCUUACCAUUGGACUGUCGUCAGUGAAACGAAAAAAAGGAAACUAUUUACUUGAGACAAUCAAGUCAAUUUUUGAGCAGUCCAGCUACGAAGAGCUGAAGGAAAUUUCAGUGGUGGUUCAUCUAGCAGACUUUAAUUCAUCCUGGCGUGAGGUCAUAGUCCAGGAUAUUACACAGAAAUUUGCCCACCAUAUUAUUGCAGGAAGAUUAGUAGUUAUACAUGCUCCAGAGGAGUAUUACCCAAUCCUGGAUGGCCUUAAAAGAAAUUACAAUGAUCCAGAAGACAGAGUCAGAUUUCGUUCCAAGCAAAAUGUAGAUUAUGCUUUUCUGCUUAAUUUUUGUGCCAAUACUUCAGACUAUUAUGUAAUGCUUGAAGAUGAUGUUCGAUGUUCAAAAAAUUUCUUAACUGCCAUCAAGAAAGUCAUUACAUCCCUUGAAGGAACCUACUGGGUAACUCUUGAGUUCUCUAAGCUUGGCUACAUUGGAAAACUUUAUCAUUCUCAUGAUCUCCCACGUUUGGCACACUUUUUAUUAAUGUUUUAUCAAGAAAUGCCUUGUGAUUGGCUACUGACUCAUUUUCGGGGUCUUUUAGCUCAGAAAAAUGUGAUCCGUUUUAAACCAUCUCUCUUUCAGCACAUGGGUUAUUAUUCAUCAUAUAAAGGGACUGAGAAUAAGCUGAAAGAUGAUGAUUUUGAAGAAGAGUCAUUUGACAUCCCCGAUAACCCUCCUGCAAAUCUGUAUACCAACAUGAAUGUUUUUGAAAAUUAUGAAGCAAGCAAGGCUUAUAGUAGUGUCGAUGAGUACUUUUGGGGAAAACCACCUUCAGCAGGAGACGUCUUUGUGAUUAUAUUUGAAAAUCCAAUUUUAAUUAAAAAAAUUAAAGUGAGUACUGGAACAGAAGACCGGCAAAAUGACAUUUUGCAUCAUGGAGCCCUAGAUGUUGGGGAAAACGUUAUAGAUUUCAAACAAAGUAGACAAUGUGUUACUUACUUAAGACUAGGGGAAUUCAAAAAUGGAAACUUUGAAAUGUCAGAGGUGAAUCAAAAAAUUCCAUUUGAUAUUCAUUGUAUAAGGAUAUAUGUUACCAAGACACAAAAGGAAUGGCUGAUUAUUAGGAGUAUUAGCAUUUGGACUUUUUAGCCAAUUAA